GCCGCGCUCCGAGACUCGGGGCUGCGCGGCCCCGCCCGGGAAGCGCCGGUGGCCGCGGCGGGGCUGGGGCGAGUGUCGGGCCCGCUGGCUCCUGGCCCGCGGGGCGUCAGCGCCGAGGCCGGAGGAGCCGGCUGCAGCUCCAGCCCCCUAAGCCGGGGGGUGAAGUGACCCUGCGGGGGUCCGUGUGCGCGUUCUGCUUUUUCUUCCGGCUGCUGGAAGCUCCUCUGCCUCCCCGCCGAUCUCCCGGUUCCUUUCUGCCCGCCCAAUCCGGCCUUGCGUUUCAGCGGUGCGGUUGUUUCUUCCUUUGCUCCGUUUCCCGCGGGAUCCGGCCGCUCCGCGCCUCCCCUCGUCCCCGCUUCUGUCGCGGACCGGCCUCCCUCCCGCUCAGGCGGUAUUUCCUAAAACCACGGAAAGUUCUCUCUGCCUUUGGGCUGAGUGGUGAAGUGCAGCAUCUCGCCCUCAGUUUCUGGUGAGAGCUGUCGGACACGAGCGGUGUUGGCCGGGCAGUGGAAAGAGUUAAUGCUGUGGAGGGACCCCUGAGCCUCGCAGCAGCGGAGGCAUGUGGGAGUGGCAGCUCCAGCGGGAAGGCAAGGCAAGGAUUUCUAAAUCCUUGAAGAGGAAGAAAGAGCAGGUUUAGAAAGAGCAGGUGAUUUGUACAGAUGAGUCAGUUCAGCUCAGCAGAGCCUUUCUCUCUGCCUCCUUGCCUUCGCCGAAGCUGAAGCUGUCUGUGGCUGCCUGUUGACGUGGUGAGCCUUCGGCUGGCCCUUUGUUUCCCCUCACAUUCCCGGUGACACACGGACGUGUUGGAUUCAGGCAAAGUCAAGCCCUGAAGAAAAGUCACCCUGACCUGUUUCAGAGCCCCUUCAGGUCCCAAAGAACAGGACAGAGGACUCUCCCCAGCCAGGACACUCCUUAGGGUAGAGGACGAGGAUUUCUGGUCUGAAGCAGAGGGUGACGUGAGCUGCUCUGUCCCUGAAUCCAUUAUGGAACAGAUUAAUGGACCUCUUCAGAUGGAGCACGCAUUGCUGUUCGCCUUCCUGGAGGUAUCCUCUGACUGUAAGUUCAAAGACCAGCUGCAUUCCCUGCAAAGCCAGCAGAUCAUGUACCAAGGAAACGAUGACGACGAGCUUCAGACCGAUGGCAAUCGGAGUGGCCACUUCCGGAAUGGUGAGCUAGGGUUGCCUCCAACAAAUGAAGAGGUUAUCCGGAUCAUUGCUGCUCAGCUCGCUGAGAUUGGAGACCAGUUUGAUAAAGAAAUCCAAGAAAGAGUGGUAAAUGGCCUAGUGCAGCACUUUAUGAAUGAGAAUCUGUCUGAGGAGGACAUAACCCGGCACAUGUCCAGGGUAGUGAGAGAGCUUAUCCGAGCCAUCCCCGCAGACAUGGAACAGGAGAAGGCCAUGUUGGUGCUAGCAAUGGUCUUGACUAAGAAAAUUGUGAAUACAGUGCCCUCCCUUCUACGCCGUGUCUUUAACACCACUCGGAACUACAUGAACCAGCAGUUCCACAACUACAUUGUUGAAAUGCUGGGUGAGUGAGCUCUCCAGGCCUGUGCAGAGCAUGGGAAUUGCUGAAGACUUUCCUUGCUGGAUGAAGAUGACUUGAUUUAUUCUUAACUUCUGAAAUACAGCUGUGAAAGAGAUGGCAGAGCUUCAUAGAUAGGCUUUUGUAGACUAGCACAGCAGUAAUUGUAGUGUGAGCUGCCUGCCAGCUCUGCCAGUACCUGUAGGGAGUAGUGUUUGCCUCUCUCUUUUCACACUAUUUUUUAAUUUAGCAGCAGCAGCUUUUGUGCAGAGCCUGCCUUGUGCCUCCACAGGCCCAGUGGGCCCGGGGCCUGUCCUCUGUGUUUUUUCUAAGCAGCUGUAGCAUUUUGCUUUAGUUAUUCACUUCCCAGCCCUGCUCCUGAAGCUGAGCCAUGCUGAGUGUUGUUUUCAGGAAGGCCUCAGGCUAUGGAAUGAUGGUUCAUCAGUGGGGGUUCAUCAUUGGUGGUUCAUCAGUGGGGGUGGGUGGGAAUCAGGUUUAUCUUGAUGAGAAGCUGGCAGCAAGAGGCAACAGAGCCAUGAGGGAUAGAGGGGAGUGUGCCCAGAGAAGGGUGACACGAGGAUACCUCAGUAUCAACCACCAUACACCUCUGUUUGCCUGAAAAAUAAAACUGACAGAAAAAAAUGUAAAGAAAAGGGCAAGGUAGGCACAAGGAAAGUUUUUUGAGAAUGCAACCUGAAUAUGCUUAAGAAAAAGUAGUUACAUCUCAGGCUGAACAAACUUGGACUCAGGUUGUUUGAUACACAAUCAGACAAGGUGGCAAAUGUGUCACCUGUCAUCCAGCUGCCUCAGGACUUUUCCAAGAAUGUAAAUAUUUUGUAGGAUUUUUUAACUUAAAUAAAAAUUUCAUUCAGAUGGCUACUACAGCUCUGCAGACUUUCAGUCUCCACCUG